AUGCGCUUCCCUUGCAGGACAAGAUACCUGCGUCAAUUUCUUCAUUUCCAGCAAGUCCUACUGUUCGUCUUCAGUCAUAAUGGCAUUGAAGUUCCUGCUCAUCCUCUCUCUGGCCUUAAUACCGACGCGCAAAAAGCUCGUGCCAUUAUGUUCAAAGCCAUUCCUGGCGGUCACCCAACAUCGGUAAUUGGAGUUAUCGACAUGACAGAACAGAAUGGAACCGUUACGAUCAUCGGUAAUUUAACUGGGCUAACCCCAGGUCUUCACGGCUUUCACGCUCACGAGUUUGGCGAUCUCGGUAAUGGAUGCCUAGCAGCUGGAGCACAUUACAAUCCCUUUGCAGCACCACAUGGUGGGCCAAACGACCCACCUUUGAGGCGACAUGUUGGCGAUCUUGGAAACAUACUAACACCUAGGAAAGGUCCAACAACGUUCGUCAUCCAAGAUUUUCUCAUUACUUUCACCGGACCUCGCGGCAUUGUCGGACGAUCUUUCGUGGUCCAUGAACAAAGGGACGAUCUGGGGAGAGGCGGAGACGCCGGGAGUCUCUCAACAGGCAACUCCGGCCGUCGAGUUGCAUGUGGAGUAAUUGGUUAUGUUAUGGAAGGGAUUGUUUAA